AUGAAAGGUCAUAAGAGCUGCUCCAGAGAGUCACUCCGAAUCAGAGAUGCUCAUGCUCAUCGCGCGCUGCACCUGGACUUCAACCCCAAUCUCCAACACAUCAUAGCCUCUUGCGGCGAUGAUGGUGCCGUCCGAUUGUGGGAUUGGCGAAAUCCUAACACUACAUUAUUGACCGUGACCCCACAUGCGCACUGGGCUUGGCAGGUUCGAUUUCACCCUGUUCACGACCAGCUGAUUCUGUCCGCUGGAAGUGACGCCACGGUCGUUUUGUCGUGUGUCCUUUCUGCGAGUAGUGAAAUAGGCGAUUUGGGUUUGGAUGACCCUGCAGAUGAUGAAAGAACUGAUAAACUGGAAGAUGGUCAGUUGGAGCGAAUAGAAGAACAUGAAGAGUCUGUGUACGCAUGUGUUUGGGCAGCAGCUGAUCCAUGGACAUUCGCCUCACUAUCAUAUGACGGACGAGUGGUCAUCUCAAGGGUUAGCCGAAAGCAUAAAUAUGCUCUGAUGAAAUUGUAA